AAUUACUGAAUUCUUUCGACACAAAAUAUCAUUUUAUUAUACUGUUUUGACACAAAAUAGCUAAGAUGCAAACUUUUGAAAUCAAGGUUUUGACACAAAAUGGUUGAUGUGCCAAUAUUUUUUAAUAUUGUUUUGACACAAAAUGGCUGGUAUGCUACUUUUGUAAUCAAGGUCAUUUUUGGACACAAAAUGGCGGGGAGCCCAUAAAAGCGGUACAUUUUAAUGCGUAAUAUUAACUUGAAUUUCUCAUGUCAGGAUGGCCGAGCGGUCUAAGGCGCCAGACUCAAGGUUCGUCACCUUCCACGUAGUGCAACUGGGGUUUCUGGUCUCCGAAUGGAGGCGUGGGUUCAAAUCCCACUCCUGACAUAUCUUUUUUUUUUUCUUUUUUUUUUUUUUCCAAUCUCGUUUUUUUUGACGGACACACCUUCCUCACUUAGAAACACCCACUCCCCUCCUCUUCCUCCUCAUUUUGACACACAGCACGGAGAAGCAGAUUCGGCAGUCAGAACCACAACUUUUUGGGUCGCGACAUAAAAAAAUAGUUUGGUGGACUGUGUUGAAAAGAAAGUUCCUGCUUUUCUUCUACUACUACUUCUGUUUUGGAGGACUUCAUUUUCAAAUUGAUUUUAUUUUAUUCCUGACACCUGUUGUUGGGCGAGCACCGGUUCGGGCUCGUAUUUGUCUUUGCAUUGGACUUUUCAGGACUUUUCCAACCUUCCCUCAACAGAGAAUCAUUUUUCACUGCUGCCCCUGCUCAUAAAUGGACUUUGAGUGACCCGAAAAAGUGGACUUAAGCUGACAUCUGUCAAAAUAGAAGCGUGAAAGGAAGUGGGUUUCUGUCUCGCACUUUCAGCACUUUUUUAUUUGUAUUUAUUUUAUUUUUUUAGUCACUUUGGACAAACUUCUUGGAGCUCAACAAAAGGAUUCGAGCACUGAAGGGAAGGCCUCACGAGGCCUUGCGUAGUUUGACCGGCGGAGCUCCGGGGCACCAGGGGGAAAUCAGGCAAUCUGGCCCAGCCUCGGUGCCCCUGCUGGGGCUUCCUGCUCGGGGAUUCGGCCUCUCCCAGGGCGCCAGUCAGGUGCCAAACGAGGCCUGGCGUGUAGCUGACGCUGCCGACGUGCCAAAACGGGCUGGCUCGACUGCGAACUGUUGGCAGACACCGUUCUCAGCGGAGCACUUUCCCCGCAACCGGGCGGCGCACCAUGAACCGCACCGAGCCCGUGCGUAGACGGCAGGGCGGCGGGGUCCGGCACUUGUUCCUGCUGCUGGUCGCCCUCCUCACCGGAUCCUCGCAGUUGUCGGCGGUGGACGCCAACUCGUGGUGGUCAAUGGCGCUGACCCCCAUCCAGAGGCCGGAUAUGUACAUCAUCGGAGCGCAGCCUCUCUGCAGUCAGCUGUCCGGACUCUCCCAGGGUCAGAGAAAGCUGUGCCAGCUGUACCAGGACCACAUGAUGUACAUCGGAGACGGAGCCAAGACCGGCAUCAAGGAGUGCCAGUACCAGUUCAGGCAGAGGAGAUGGAACUGCAGCACGGUGGACAACACGUCGGUCUUUGGGCGCGUCAUGCAAAUCGGCUCCAGGGAAACGGCCUUCACCUACGCCAUCAGCGCCGCCGGCGUGGUCAACGCCAUCAGCCGGGCGUGCCGCGAGGGCGAGCUAUCCACGUGCGGCUGCAGCCGGGCGGGGCGGCCCCGGGACCUGCCCCGCGACUGGCUGUGGGGCGGCUGCGGCGACAACGUGCACUACGGCUACCGCUUCGCCCGCGAGUUCGUGGACGCCCGGGAGCGCGAGAAGAACUUCCCCCGCGGCUCGGCCGAGCACUCGCGCACUCUGAUGAACCUGCAGAACAACGAAGCGGGACGACAGGCGGUGUACAACCUCGCCAACGUGGCCUGCAAGUGUCAUGGCGUGUCGGGUUCGUGCAGUCUGAAGACGUGCUGGCUCCAGCUGGCCGAUUUCCGGCGCGUGGGCGAGUUCCUUAAGGAGAAGUACGACAGCGCCGCGGCCAUGCGCAUCGGACGCAAGGGCAAACUGGAGCAGGUGGACAAGCGCUUCAACCCCCCCACCCCGGAGGACCUGGUCUACAUAGACCCCAGCCCGGACUACUGCCUCCACAACGAGACCACGGGCUCGCUGGGCACCCAGGGCCGCCUGUGCAACAAGACGUCGGAGGGCAUGGACGGCUGCGAACUGAUGUGCUGCGGCCGGGGCUACGACCAGUUCAAGACGUACAAGCAUGAGCGCUGCCACUGCAAGUUCCACUGGUGCUGCUACGUCAAGUGCAAGCGCUGCACCACGCUGGUCGAUCAGUUCGUCUGCAAAUAACAACGGGGGAGGAGCAAGCGGUUCAGGGUUUGGUUCAGGGUCUUUCAUUUGGAGUCAACCGGCAGAUGUGCUCACAACUCGGUCAUCUCAACAUCCCGUCCUGCUUUCCUGACCCAAACCCUGACGGCCGACUGAAGGAGAAGAAUUAAGCAGGCGGAACAACUGGAUCCUGAAAAGAAGGAACACACAUGACUCCAAUGGGAAAAAAAAAAAUACAGCUAAAUAAUAGAGACUAUUGAAAAGUGACUCUCUCUCUCACACACACACACACACACACACACACACACACACACAUGCAUACACACUUUGGAUCAUCAUCCCCUUUGAUUCUGGCCUGCGGGAGUGAAUGUGCUGACGCGCGUUCCCGAUAUUGCGAGACCGAGGAAUCGCUUGUGAAGGAUUGGAGGGGAGUCGUUCUUCAAGGCACAGUUAGGCGUAGAAAUACUAUUACAAAAAAGAGACACUUCAUUAAACAGUCCAUUUGUCUCUGUGUUACUCGCACAAUUCCCGGCGUGCUCGCCGCUCCCGCGACCCGACGAGUGAGCGAGCGACAGCGGCUAAUGAGGCUCGCCCGGUUGCGGCCGUCUUGCCACGGCCGGGCGUGACCUUCGCCGGAGAGAGAGGCGCCAAAGGGCUAAAAAAGCUCCAUUAGCGAGAUUGAUGAAGCCGCGCCGAGAGACGCUCUCCUGGACGCUCUCCUCAACGCCCGCGAAUGCAAAUGAACAGUCAACCGAGCUUGACCCGGAUGUCUUCCGUUGGGCCCUUCGCCAUCUUGUUUCCAAAAUAGAUCACGCUUGCCUGUGGCGGAAAGGAAUUGCUAGAAAAUAAUUCAGUCCGGUCAAUUGAUGACAAAAGACUGGAGAAAUUAAUGUGUGUGACCAAAAAAAAAAAAAAAAACAGAACGGACUGCAAUUUAUUAUGAGCUACUUUAAAAGAAAAUUAGAUCAUAAGAGAAAGUAUAUAUUUUAUUACUGUUUUCAUUUCCUGUUUUGUAUGUUUUAUACAUAUUCUUUUGAUAAACCAGUCUUUGGACAACGACGCC